AUUCUCCAUUUUUGGCUAAAAAUCUUUCUGGACGCUCACCUUUUUUAAGAAAACCCCAUCUAAAAAGCUCAUAACUCAGCCCCUUCAAUGCUCAGGACCAGCAACCCAACUUACACUCAGGUAGUUCAAGUAAUCACCACCUUCCCAACGUGGCAUGGAUCUCACAUCUGCGCACGAUCUCGAUCUGCCUACCUAAAAACUCGUACGAGCUUCACAUCACACGACGAGUGCAAUUUAAAAAUAGUCUUCGUAAACCAACGAAGAAGGGAUACCACAAUCAUGCCAUCUCAAAGCUCACAGUACACGAAUAAACUUAUCAUUAAAACAGUCUGCUUUUCGCGAGAUAAAAAAAAUAAUCCCAUCCUGUAAAAAAAUGGCAGACGCACGUGCAGCUCCGAAAACGUUCAAAGAUUACCAACUAAAAUUUCGCUCGAGUCUGUCAAAUUCUCAGCUACAAAAAUUCAAAAAUUUGAAAACCGUAGAAGAAAAAAUCACCUUUGUAAAUGGAUUGGAAAAUAGUCCGAUGUAUCCGAUAAAUGCGCAGGUGAAUCGGGGUAAAGAUUCGGAAACGGCGAAAAAAUUAAAGGAGCAGGGAAACGGUUGUUUUCAGAAGGGAAAAUACAACGAUGCGAUUCGAUUUUACUCUCAAUCGAUUUUAAAAGCUCCUCAGAACGGUUCAGAAUCGAAUCAAGAGAUGCCGGUGUAUUUUGCGAAUAGAUCGGCUGCGUUGUAUCACUUGAAGGAAUAUACAUUGGCACUGAAAGAUAUUGAUUUCGCUAUGGCUAAUAAUUAUCCGAAAGAUCUUCAACAUAAAUUAUUGGAUCGAAAAGCUCGCUGUUUACUGGCGUUGGAAAAAUUUCAAAAAGCUUGCGAAGUUUUCAGAAAAACUAUCCAGGCGUUAGACGAUGCUAAAAUGCCUUCAGAAAAAAGGCAAAAAUGGCAAAAGGAUAUUCAAAUAAUGCUUCUCAUGUUGUCCAAAGAUCAAUCUUCGAGAAAGAAAGAUACUACUCGUUCAAAAAUAUCGGAACUGAAAGAAAUUAAAAAUAAUACUAACUCUGAGUACGAAGCACUCGUGCCUGGGAUCGACAUAAAGUUUGCGCCGGAAAUGGGUCGGUUUGCUGAAGCGAAACAAGAUAUUAAAGCUGGGAAGAUUCUGCUCGUAGAAGAUCCUCAUAGCGCUGUUCUGCUGCAAAAAUACCAAUACACACAUUGCUACCAUUGUUUCAAAAGAGUUAAAACCUUGUACCCGUGUCCUUCUUGCGACCAAGUGAUCUUUUGCUCGCAAAAAUGCACCAGUGAUGCCCUAAAGUAUCACAGAAUCGAGUGUUCGAUUCUACGUACAUUGUGGGAGUCGGAGAUAUCGAUAACGUGCCAUAUAUCGCUCAGAAUAAUAGCUCAACAUAGCUUGGGUUUCUUCCUCGAGAAGAAAGACUUUCUGCAGAAAACCGAGCAGCCUAAAGAAAUCACCCAUUAUAAAAGUUCAGACUACGAAACGGUAUUUCAUCUGGUAACACACGAAGAACGCCGAAAACCAGAAGACAUACUGAAUCGAAUCCACAUGGCAUUAUUUUUAACGAAAUGCUUAAAAGUUGGAGGAUAUUUCGGUGAAGAUUGCAUCAACGAGAAGCUAACCAAUGAUGAAAUCUUCAUCACUAAACUUUUACUUCAUCAUUUACAAGUUUCUCAAUUCAACUCGCACGAGAUAUCCGAAUUACGAAUAAAAAAUCACGACUUAAUAAAUAGCUCAUCCGAGUUCAUAGGAGGAGCUAUAUAUCCAACUUUGGCAUUAUUUAAUCAUUCUUGUAAUCCUGGCGUUAUACGAUACUUCGACGGAACUCGAGUCAUCACUAGAGCUAUACGUAACAUACGAAAAGGUGAAAUGAUAGCCGAAAACUACGGGCCAAUAUUUACCGAAACGGAGAAAAUCGAAAGACAACGCGUAUUAAGAGAACAAUAUUGGUUCGAGUGUCACUGCGAAGCGUGUACGAAUAAUUGGCCCACGAUGUCGGAUAUGUCGCACGAAGAAAACAUUCGAUUCCGGUGCACGAAGAAAGACUGCCGAAGUUUAAUUCUAGUAAAUCAGAAUUGCGAUAACUUCAUAGCGAAAUGUGACGCUUGCUCGGAGAAUAAUAACAUCUUGAAAGCGUUAAAAUCUUUACAGGAAACCAAUGAAAAGUUUAAAAUGGCGCAAACUUUGAUGAGGCUGGAAAAGGUCGACGAUGUGUUAGACAUCGCGUUACCGAUUCUCAAUUUAUUAGAUGAAACUCUCGUGCCACCUUUCAAAGAUUAUUACUUAUGUGCGCAAAUUAUUCGAACCUGUUUCCUGACGAAAGGAAAUAUUUACCUGGAGAACGAUGGAAAUCUACGGUAAAGGGCUGGAUUCCAAGACUCCAAACAGAAAAGCGAUACAGUUCUACGUUAGCAACGCUUUGUAAAAUUUAUCUAAAUACAUAUGAAUAUCCAACGUA